AUGCCUACCAUUCCGAGACUUGGUAAGAAGGAUAAAUCCUCUAGUAAAGAUAAAGACAAAUCAGUGGCCAAAGGUUCUGAAAAGGUUUCUAAAGAAACCUCAGAGAAUGAUAAAAAGAAAUUCGGCCAAUCAACAUCAACAUCCUCUUCCUCGAACACCACAAUGUCCAUUGUUGGUGGAGGCGGGUAUAGUAACGAAUCAGCAAGCAGUACACAUCCACCUGUCACUCAACUGAAUCGCAUCAACCCCCUGCCUGAAACGUUGAAGUUGAAGAAGGAGAAGCGCACGGAUUCGUCACAUUUCAACGUCUCGAAGAAUAGAGAGCUCAUGAAGUUGCCUCUACUUAAAGAAGCUUCAGCGAACGACAAAGAGACUCUGCUGAUUCAGAAGUUGAACCAGACGCUGGUGAUCUUCGACUUCGUGAAGGACCCACUGAGCGACCUCAAGUACAAGGAAAUCAAGAGGGCCGCCCUCAACGAACUCAUCGAGUACAUCAGCACCAGCAAGGCGGCCAUCAGUGAGAAUGUAUACCCCAUCGUCAUCCAGAUG